AUCAGUGGUAAACAAAAACAGAAACUGUGACUUGUAAGAUUUUGGGCCAUUGGGGUCCAGUUAUCCGAAUAUUGUUUCCCUCUGCAUUCUGCACUUGCUUUCUCUCUCUGCUGCAGCUUUUACACUCUUUUCUAAUGGAGAAGCUCCUGCAAUGAAUGGGAUUGGAACCCAGCAAGCAAUAGCAGCAGUAGCAGCAGCAGCAGCAUGUCUUUUUUCAAAUCCUUCGCCACAAACUCACCCGCCCUCGUCCUCAAACCAGCAGUUGAGCCCAAAAUGUCUCUGUUGCAGAUCAAUCCUUACAGGGUUUUGUCACAUGGAGCUUGCUCAUCUUUUAGGAAAACUACUUCCGUUAGCUUCUUUUGUCUCAGAGGAAGCUGCUCAAUUAAAGUUUUCACCCUGUUUAGUGCAACAAGAUUUUCUACUUAUUCUACUGACGAGUUCUCUUCUUCAUCAAAGAGGAGGUCUCGAGGACCUGUAAUGGCAGCAAAGAAAGCAGCUGAAGGAUCAAAGCAAGAAGAUGGCAGAUACAAGAACACUGUUGAUCUGCCAAAGACAACAUUUGGUAUGAGAGCAAACUCUUUGGUAAGGGAACCUGAAAUUCAAAAAAUAUGGGAUGAGAAUCAAGUGUUCAAAAGAGUUGUUGACAAAAAUUCGGGGGGAAAUUUCAUUCUUCAUGAUGGUCCUCCGUAUGCCAAUGGCGAUCUUCACAUGGGCCAUGCUCUAAACAAGAUUCUAAAGGAUAUGAUUAAUCGUUAUAAGCUUCUUCAAAAUUAUAAAGUUCAUUAUGUGCCAGGUUGGGAUUGUCAUGGCUUACCAAUUGAGUUGAAAGUUAUGCAGUCAUUGGACCAAGCUGUUAGAAAGGAUCUCACACCAAUAAAGUUGAGAGCAAAAGCAGCUAAAUUCGCAAAAGAUACUGUCAAAAAUCAGAUGGCAUCAUUUAAGCGGUUUGGAGUGUGGGCCGACUGGAAUAAUCCCUACUUAACUCUUGAUCCAGAAUAUGAAGCUUCUCAGAUUGAAGUGUUUGGCCAGAUGGCCAUUCAAGGUUAUAUCUACAGAGGCAGGAAACCUGUUCACUGGAGUCCUUCAUCACAAACAGCUCUUGCAGAGGCUGAGUUGGAGUAUCCAGAGGGUCAUGUUUCAAGAAGUUUAUAUGCCAUCUUCAAAUUAGUGAGCGCACCUCCAACUUCAGGUGGCUUAUUAGAUGAAUAUUUCCCAGAUUUGUGCUUGGCCAUUUGGACCACAACUCCCUGGACUGUUCCAGCCAAUGCUGCGGUUGCAGUGAAUGCCCAACUUCAAUAUGCAGUAGUUGAAGUACAAACACAUUCUGAAACUUUAUCUGUUGAAAACAAAAAGCGACGCCUUGGGAAUGUUCUAAAGGAAGAAAAGAAGCUUUUUCUUGUUGUCGCUUCAGAUCUUGUGCAAACAUUAGAGGCAAAGUGGGGUGUGAAGCUUAUUGUCAGAAAAACACUUUUGGGUUCAGAUCUUGAAAACUGCAGGUAUAUUCAUCCAAUAUUCAAUAGGGACUGUCCGGUUGUGAUUGGAGGAGACUAUAUUACAACAGAGUCGGGAACUGGCCUUGUCCAUACUGCUCCUGGACAUGGUCAGGAGGAUUAUGUUACUGGCCUUAAGUAUGGACUGCCUAUACUUUCGCCUGUAGAUGAUCAUGGGAAGUUCACAGAAGAAGCUGGACAUUUCAAUGGGCUUGAUGUACUCACAGAUGGUAAUAUUGCUGUUAUGAAAUACUUGGACGAACAUUGGUCACUUUUAAUGGAAGAAUCAUAUGAACAUAAGUAUCCAUAUGACUGGAGAACGAAAAAGCCCACAAUAUUUCGGGCAACUGAACAAUGGUUUGCAUCUGUGGAAGGAUUUCGUGAGGCUGCUAUGGAUGCAAUUGGUAAUGUAAAAUGGAUUCCAUCUCAGGCAGAGAACAGAAUUUCCGCAAUGACUUCUAGCCGCUCUGAUUGGUGUAUUUCACGGCAAAGGACAUGGGGUGUUCCAAUUCCAGUAUUUUAUCAUGUUCAAUCAAAGGAACCUUUAAUGAAUGAAGAGACUAUUAAUCAUAUCAAGUCUAUAAUUGCCGAAAAGGGUAGUGAUGCAUGGUGGUACAUGAAGGUGGAGGAUCUUCUCCCUAGUGAAUAUCGUGAUGAAGCAUCAAACUAUGAAAAAGGGACUGACACAAUGGAUGUAUGGUUUGAUUCAGGCUCUUCUUGGGCUGCAGUGUUAGGGGGGAGAAAAGGGCUUAAUUUGCCUGCAGAUUUAUACCUGGAGGGCACAGAUCAACAUCGUGGAUGGUUUCAGAGUUCUUUGUUAACAAGUAUUGCUACAAGAGGAAAGGCUCCAUAUUCCAGUGUUAUAACUCAUGGAUUUGUACUGGAUGAGAAAGGUUUAAAGAUGAGCAAAUCUUUGGGUAAUGUUGUAGACCCAAAAACUGUAAUUGAAGGAGGAAAAAACCAAAAGGAAGAACCUGGCUAUGGAGCUGAUGUCAUGCGACUCUGGGUUU